GGAACGAAAAGAAAUGAAGACAAUGCCGAUCUAUGAACAACUUGCAACGUGGGAAGUCGACCGGGAGAACUACGAAACUUUCCAUGUUUGGAAUGAUUCAUCCAUAAAUGGUAAUGCCACGUAAGCAACUUUCAUUCUGUGCGUCUAGCGUGUUCUCCCCCCCGUUAACCUCCCUUGGCUGCAAAAUGCUUGUUUUCGCUCCUUUGUCUUCAUCUUUGUACAUCUACGCUGUUUCCUGAACUUUGAACUUGAUUUCUUCUUGCGAUGUCCAAGAUUGCGUUAGCUAGGAUACCCUCACUGACAUUCUACAAGGAUGCCGAAACCACUUCGAGAAGGGGGAAACCCAUCCCUCAACUAACUUGCAUCGGAAAACCAUGUCGGUCAUAUACUCCCGACGUCGUAAGGUGUGUUAAUAUUGGUGGUGCAGGAACAGAUGUGGACUGGAAGUGCGAAGCAGAUCUACCCGAAGCUCUGCGCUUCGGAAGAGUCGAAGUUUCUUGUGAGGGAUGGUCAGGUCCCGGUGAUCCAUAUGUUUUGAAAGGAUCCUGUGGCUUGCAGUAUCGGCUCGUUCAAGUCCCGGAUGCUCUUCGGAAAGAAGGGGAUCACAGAGUACCUUCUCGUCUCUCUCGGUGGUACCAAGGUGCGAACAAAUUAGUAUCGACAUGGUGCAAUUGCCUGACCUCUGAUGUAGACGUUACAGCUGAUCCUGCUGCUACCAUUUUCACCAUUAUCUGGACAGCUUUCUUGCUGUUCAUUGUGUAUAGCUUCUUAAAAUCUUGCUUUACCGGACGCUUACAAGGAGAUAAUACAAAUCAAAGACCGCGUUCCUCGCCAGGUUCAGGCUGGUUCCCAGGAUAUCACCGAAACGAUCAGCCACAUGAUCCUCCUCCGCCCUACUCUAAGCACACCACCACGUCGACGCCCACCCCAGCACAAGGAUGGCAGCCUGGUUUCUGGACUGGCGCCGCUCUUGGUGGACUGGGUACCUACCUUUUUAACAACGGCAGACAGAGAGACACUGCGUACGAUUGGGAACGAGAGCGUUUUGCUCGUACCCGACCAAUUUAUCAGCCUACAUCCUCAUUCUUUCCCCCAGAUCUACGACGAUCUCCACAACACCCUGAUGAUGAUCGAGGUGAAGGCCCCUCGAAUCUAGGGUCCAUAAGAAGAAGUACAGGUUUGGGAGGUUCGACGGUGCGGUAGACGCAAUUCAACGAAUGGCCGUUGUUGGUCGAUUCAAGUUUGAAUACGGCUUGUAUCUAGUACUAUAACUUCUCAACCUUAUAUAUCAUCUAGUUUCUGUUCGAGUUUCUUUCAAAACAUACUCGGUUAUGUACUUUGGACCAUGGGCGCUCCG